AUGAAACCUAGAAUAUAUUUCCAACAAAAUGCGCGACAGCUGGAUGGCUUUCUUGAGAUUAAGUGAUGGAAAAAGGGUAAUUUCAAUUCUUCAGUUUCCCGCCCAUCGCCCUUCCGCCUACUAAUACGAGUGUAAAAACAUAAAUGGGAAAAAUAAUAAAAUAAAAAUUCAGAAAACCCUUUCAAUUUCUCUCUUCCAUUUUCCUCCGAAACUUUCCAUUUUCCGGUCGGAGGGCCGUGCACGAAGAUGGCGUUGGUGGAUCAGAAUUUAGCGAAAGAUGAAUCGCUGGCUGAUUCUCCAACCUCUGUGCUUGAAGAUGAGGAUGUGUGCAAGGAGAAAGAUGGCGUCAAGUUGGAGGAAGAAGUGUUUCUUGAUGCUAAGAAUGGAGAUUUAUCUCUCAUAUCAGAAUCUAUGGCUGUUGAGGAACAGAAACUUCUUGAGGAACGGUUGAAGAACGAUGAAGAUACACCUAAAGAAGUGCCUGUACUGAAUGACACUCAAUACAGUAAACUGGAUGAGCUUUUAACCCAGACUGAGCUUUAUUCAGAGUUUUUGUUGGAGAAAAUGGAUGAUAUUACCAAGGUUGGACUUGAAAGUGACGACAAAGCUCCAGUAGAGAAGAAGAAAGGUCGUGGUGGGAAAAGGAAGGCAGCGGCAGAUUACAACAAUAAGAAGGCGAAAAGAGCUGUUGCAGCCAUGCUGACAAGAUCGAAAGAAGGUGGUUCUUAUGAGGAGGAUUCUGACCUCACAGAGCAGGAGAGAACUGAGAAAGAGCAGGCUGAACUGGUACCCCUUUUGACUGGUGGAACUCUGAAGUCUUACCAGAUUAAGGGUGUUAAGUGGCUGAUUUCAUUGUGGCAAAAUGGAUUGAAUGGGAUACUGGCAGAUCAAAUGGGGCUUGGGAAGACGAUUCAAACAAUUGGUUUUCUUGCUCACUUAAAAGGAAAUGGUUUAGAUGGACCUUAUUUAAUCAUUGCUCCUCUUUCUACUCUCUCAAACUGGGCGAAUGAGAUAAAUCGGUUUACACCCUCUGUCAAUGCAAUUAUAUACCAUGGUGACAAGAAAGAAAGGGAUGAUAUAAGGAGGAAGCACAUGCCAAAAACAAUAGGUCCCAAGUUCCCCAUUGUUAUCACUUCCUAUGAAGUUGCAAUGAUGGAUGCAAAAAAGCACUUGAGGCACUAUAGUUGGAAGUAUCUUGUGGUUGAUGAGGGUCACAGGUUGAAAAAUUCAAAAUGCAAGUUAGUCAAGGAGCUAAAGCUCUUGAAUGUUGAAAAUCGGCUUUUAUUAACUGGAACACCCUUGCAGAAUAACUUGUCAGAACUUUGGUCAUUGUUAAAUUUUAUACUGCCUGACAUCUUCUCCUCUCAUACAGAGUUUGAAUCAUGGUUUGAUCUUUCUGGGAAGUGCAUUGAUGAUACUUUAAGGGAAGAAAUGGAAGAGAAGAGAAGAACUCAGGUUGUGGCAAAAUUGCACAAAAUCUUGCGUCCUUUUCUGUUGAGGAGGCUGAAAACAGAUGUGGAGCAAAUGCUUCCUCGUAAGAAGGAAAUAAUAUUAUAUGCUACCAUGACUAAACAUCAAAAGACCUUUGCAGAUCACCUAGUUAAUAAGACUCUUGAAAGUCAUUUGAAGGAAAAGAAUACCUCUGGACGAGGCAUGAAAGGAAAACUUAAUAAUUUGAUGCUUCAGCUUCGGAAGAAUUGCAACCACCCAGACUUAUUGCAGUCUGCUUUUGAUGAUUCAUUUCUUUAUCCGCCAGUUGAAGAGAUAGUUGAGCAGUGUGGCAAGUUUCGCUUGUUGGAUAGAUUGCUGAACAAGCUGUUUGCUCGUCAGCACAAAGUUCUCAUCUUUUCUCAAUGGACGAAGAUUUUGGACAUCAUUGAGUAUUAUUUCAGUGAAAGGGGGUUUGAAGUUUGUAGGAUUGAUGGCAAUGUGAAGCUGGAAGAAAGGAGAAGACAGAUAAAGGAGUUCAAUGAUGAGAGCAGUAAGUGUAGAAUUUUUCUUCUCAGCACCAGAGCUGGUGGGCUGGGUAUCAACCUAACUGCUGCUGAUACGUGCAUCUUAUAUGACAGUGAUUGGAAUCCCCAAAUGGAUUUACAGGCAAUGGAUCGAUGCCAUAGAAUUGGCCAAACCAAACCAGUUCAUGUUUACAGACUAGCAACUGCUCAGUCGGUGGAGGGUCGUAUGCUGAAAAGAGCAUUCAGUAAGUUAAAGCUCGAGCAUGUUGUGAUUGGUAAAGGACAGUUCCAACAAGAAAGAACCAAGCCUUCAACGGACUCAUUGGAGGAAGAGGAUUUACUGGCGCUGCUCAGAGAUGAAGAAGAUGAAGAGGAGAAAUGGAUACAGACAGAUAUCUCAGAGGAUGAUCUAGAGAAGGUUUUGGAUAGGAGUGAUCUCAUUUCAGGUUCUGAUUCAGCAGCGUUGGUUCCUCUGAAAGGGCCUGGUUGGGAGGUGGUGAUCCAGAAUGUAACUGGCGGCGUACUUUCCACCUUAAACAGCUAAUCUGCGCCUUCCGGAGGGACUUUUGGUUGUCACCUUUUGGGAUGAUGUUAGAUAUGGAAGGCCUGUGUUUUGUGGGAUUAUAAAUACUAGUAUAAUGUAUUGGCUGCUUUGAAUGUAUCAGGAGCCAAUUUACCUAGUAUUCUUCUGAAUCCCCGAAGGGUGCCGUCCGCUUUAGUUGAAAAAUUUUUGAGGCAGCUUUAGUUGCCGGUGCCCCUGUCUUUAGGCCUUGACCUUCCGGCACUGGGCAUCUUAUUCUACGUGUCUCUAAUGCCGUACGUAACAUUUUCAAGCACCACUCUUAUUAUUACAAAGAUGAAGCAGUGGAAUGAUUAACUUGGAUCUAGAAAUGAAGAAGGAUGCAUUGAUCACAUAACCUAGAGUCUAGGAAACAAGAUACACAAAUGAUACUGAUAAUCCAGGAGUGAUCACCAAAGUGUUGCAACUUCUAAUUCUAUAAUGUGAAUUAUUUUUAUAGGAUGGGUAAGUAAUAAUUGUUUCUUUAUUAUUAAAAUAUUCCAACAAUGCAGAACGUAGUACAACAGAGUUACACUUAAGGAAAUUGAAAACCUACUAAAAUGGCAACCUUAAUUUCAUUAAUCUUUCAUCCUUAAUUACUCUUAGAAUGAAUAUCAUUCGGAAGAAUGUAACGGUGGAAUGCGAGGCUCAUCUCCAGAACAUCUCCCUUAACGGGAUCACGAAAAUAAGUGCUGGCUGUGCCGAGACCUCGCGCCAUCCGGAAAUGGCCGGAACCGCCAACAACCGAGAACUCCCGGUACUUUGCCGGCACCAAAUUACGCCCCAAGAUGCUAAGAGUGCUGCCUUUGAACUCGCCGUCGGUGAAAACAAAGUUAAGGGUCAUAAGGGUGGCCAUUUCUUUCUGCGAAGAAAAUGUAUAGAGCCCUUGACAAUAACCGAUAACCUUCGCGUCGGGUUGAUCGGAAAAAGACUGCUCGGUUAAUGGAGCGUCUAUUGCUCUCACUAAACCGUAGUUUGUCUCCGGCGUCUUGUCGGUUGUACUCGCCUUCGCGACCGGGGUACUCGCCGGAGGAUCCUUGUCGAGGAUGUUGUUGAGAAAGAAGUGGAGUUUUGUGAGCUCGGGUUUUGCAUUGGGAAACUGUUCUAGCCAGUUUGCCACAGCUUCAGGACUUUGGUCAUCAGGAAGGCCAUGACUAGAUGAAAUCAUGUUCUUGGGAAAGGAAGAAUGGAAAUCAAGAAGCAAAGCGACGGGAUCAAAAUAUGGAAUUUGGAAAAGGAGGAUGAAAAGAGAGCCGAGGAAAAUUUCUUUAUAUUAAGCAUGAAGCAACUGAAACGUAACAACUUUGCCUGCACAAAAGCUAAGAAUCAGGAAUUGAAAUGCAACUACUAUUCCACUUCCCUAUACUCAAGUGAA